CACUGGUACGUUUUCUAACCCCAUUUUUUUUAUAACCUCUCUUUUAAUGUUUCAUUAGUUUUAAAAUUCUUUUUAGUAGUGAAGAAAUGAUAUGUGAAGACUUUAUUCCCACGAGAGGUUCUCUCAAAAAAGGUACAAAAUUAACUGAUUUUAAGUCAGUGUCUUUUGAAUCGUAUAAACCGAAAAAACAUGAAAAAACUGAAACAAGUAAUGGGAGAAUCCAGGAGGAAAAAUCUGACGACUUUAACAUAAAAAGAGCGAAACACGAAAUUGUUAAAUUUGGAAUGUCGGGUUUUGAUCCAGAAAAAAAGGAAGAAGCAAAAAUUCAGUUGGCUAUCAAAUUAGGAGCAAAACCUAAGAAAAACAAGUAUAAAAACUACAAACUAUUAAAGGAAGAACGUGCGAAACUUAAGCAAGAAGAAUCAUUAAAAUCUCAAUUUCAACAGUUGGGGAAAAAUGCACUUGGAAAAUCAACAGCUAAAGGAAAAGGCUUUGAUCGGAAGCGCAAAAAAGCGAAGAGUGGAUUAUUAGAGGUGUAUGGCAAAGUAAAUUUGAAAAACACAACAAAAUAAAUAUUUCCCCAAUGAAA